AUGACUUUACUAACAGGACUGCUUCUAAUGACAGUAUGUUUAACAGGUACACAUACUCAGACGCUGACUCAGGAUCAGCCUGUGGUUAAAAAGGCUGGAGAAUCACACAAACUGACCUGUACAGCCUCUGGAUUCACAUUCAGCAGCUACUAUAUGGUCUGGAUCAGACAGGCUCCUGGGAAGGGACUGGAGUGGAUAGCCACUAUUGCUCAUGAUUAUGAGGGUGGCAAAUGGUGGCAUGCCAAGUCAGUGGUGGGAAGAUUUACCAUCUCCAGAGACAACAGCAAAAGCCAGCUGUAUUUACAGAUGAACAGUCUGAGAGCUGAAGACACUGCAGUGUAUUACUGUGCCAGAUACUCACAUCAGCACUAUGAAAUGCAGCACUGUGAUUAUUUUGCCUACUGGGGUAAAGGGACUCAAGUCACCGUCAGCUCUGCUUCACAGACACCACCAACAUCCCUCUUCCCUCUUACGGCAUGUGGGUCUGAGGGAGGCUCAGAGUACCUGACCCUGGGCUGCAUCGCUAGCGGAUUCUCGCCUUCUUCCUCCUUGACCUUCACAUGGACAGACCCCAAUGGGAGAUCCAUGUCUGACUUUCUCCAGUACCCAGCGGUACAGAGUAGAGGGUCCUACACAAGGGUCAGUCAGGUCCGUGUAAGAGCAGCAAACUGGGACAGCCAGAAGUCUUAUAAAUGUGCUGUGCGUCAUCCAUCACUUUCCAGUGAAAAGACUCAGAGCAUCCAGAAACCAGUUCAACCCAGGUCACCGACCGUGAGUUUGCUGCCUGCAUCCAGUGACAUCCUUACUUGUGUCAUACGGGACUUCUACCCCAAGGAGUUGGCAGUGAGUUGGAAAGUGAGGGGCAGAGAUGUGACAGGGUCGUCCCACACCUGGCAAACAGAAAAGAAAGCUGAGGGAAUGUACUCAACCAGCAGCAUUCUGAAAGUGGACAGGGCCACCUGGGACAGCAAUGCAGUCUACACCUGUGAAGUACAGCAUCGGCGGAAAGUCUUCAGAGACACCACUUCCAAAGGGGUGUCCUCAGACAAGCCCUGUCUAGAGGUGACCCUGAAGCCCCCAAGAGUGAGAGAGAUGUUCAUCAACAACGAGGCUGUGCUGGACUGUGACAUCACCGGGGAAGAACAGAAAGCAGUUACCACAGCAACAGUGACCUGGACAGUGGAUGGAGCUGUUAUCAGCAGUAGAAUUGCCACUCCAAGCGUUGCAAAACAGGACGGCCAUGUGUACAGAAAGACCAGCACUCUCACUCUGGGACAGAAGGACUGGUUUGAUGGGAAACAGAUUCAGUGCUCCGUCCAGCAGAGUACUAACAAACCUCCCAUCAACAAGGCUGUCAGAUUGGAACAAGGAAAUAAAUCACCUCCUACAGUGGUUGUACUCAUGCCAAAUGAAGAGCAACUGAAAAAGACAGAAAAUCUAACGCUGGCCUGCCUGGUGACAAGCACCUCUGCUAAUGACGUCUACAUCAUGUGGAAGAUCGACAAUGGGGGCUAUCAGGAGGGUGUUACGGGUGAACCUGUGAAGAAUAACGACAGCACCUACUCUGUCACCAGCCUGCUGAAAAUCACAGCAUCACAGUGGAAGACCUCUCACUUCACCUGCGCUGUCAGACACGCCAACAUGGAGAACGAUUCCUCUCCUGUGCAGGACACAGUGUCCAGAGAAAUGGGUAACUCAGUUGAAUCACUGCCCCCAGAGUCAGAGUCAGCGGUUGCUCUAAGCUGCAGUGAGGAAGGUGAGGAAGAGGAUGAGCUUGGCAGCCUGUGGUCCACCGCCUCCUCCUUCAUCAUCAUCUUCCUCUGCACUGUCGUUUACAGCGUCCUCCUCAGCUUGAUGAAGAUGAAGUGA